AUGGACUGGAAAGACCCUAACGUCGCGAAGAAGUACAAGCCGGGAGAGGUCAUAACGGGCGCCUUCGCGCUCCCGCUCAUCAAGCAAGCCGGGCUGGAUGAGAGCCUGUCCGGCAGCGAUGAGCUUGUCACGCUCGACAACGCGUGCGGUACGGGCAUCCUGACGGUGCACCUGUACGACACGCUUCCAGAGCACGCCAGGGAGCGCAUCAACCACACGUGCAGUGACGUCUCUCAGGGCAUGGUUGACACGGUGCAGAGCCGGAUCAAGGAGAGCGGCUGGAAGGGCGCGACCGCUAAGAUCAUCGACGCGCAGAAAAUGGACAUCCCCUCCAACACCUUCACCCACGUCCUCACCAACUUCGGCUUCGUCGGCCUGCCCGACCCGGGCCAGGUCCUGCGCGAGUGGCACCGCAUCCUCCGACCCGGCGGCACGUGUGGAUUCACCGUGUGGGAGUUCGUAGGCUGGUACCCGCCCGUUGAGGCGGCAGUGCUAUCGCUAAACGGCCCAAAAUUCCCGACGUGGAAGGAGUUCUGCAAGGCUUUCUCCACGACAGACGACCCGUGGGAGGAACGGUCCUUUUUCGAGCGCGGCGUCGGCGAAGCCGGCUUCGAGGGCUUACGCGUGGAGCGUUUUGAGAACCGGACGAAGCAUGCCAAUGCGCGCGAAUUCUGCGACCUAUACGGCAUAAUGUGCAGGUCUAUCGCGGAGAAAUUCUGGACCGAGGAGGAGAGGGACAAGUACACGUCGCUGUUGGAUCCAGCAAUGGAGAAGGCGUUGCAGGAGCAGUUUGGAGAGGGCGAGUUUUCGCUGGAGUGGAAGGCUUGGAUCAUCACAGCGAAGAAACCUUUGGAGAAGAAUUAG